AUGAUGGCGAGAGGAAGAAAGUUGGUAGAACUUUUUUUUUUGAAUACUUUGGCGGUUGGAGAGAGAACAGUUAAAACAGCUAUAGAGAAGUUGUUGCCCACUGGGAUACAGGAGAAAGACAGACGUGGAGGACGCACAAUAGCGAAUAUACAAAAAGAUGAUCGUGCCAAAGCUCUAGUUGAAGAACACUUUAAGCGCUUCCCAAGAGUAGAGUCUCAUUACUGUCGAGCCAAAUCUACUCGUGAAUAUUUGCACUCAGAUUGA